AUGGCAGAAGUUGCUCCAGCUCCCCCGGCAGCCGCCCCGGCUAAAGCUUCUAAGAAGAAACAAGCAAGCAAGUCCAAGAGAGUGGGGCCCAGCGUUGGCGAAUUAAUCGUGAAGGCAAUUUCUGCUUCCAAGGAGAGGAGCGGAGUUUCCCUGGCUGCCUUGAAGAAAGCUCUGGUCGCCAGCGGCUACGACGUGGAGAAGAACAACUCGCGGGUAAAGGUUGCUGUUAAGAGCCUGGUGACAAAGGGUGUCUUGGUUCAGACUAAAGGAACCGGUGCCUCUGGCUCGUUUAAGCUUAACAAGAAGCUGCCGGUUGAAAAGAAGAAGCCUGCCAAGAAGGUAGCCCCUAAGAUUAAGAAGCCCGCUGCGGCUAAAAAGCCGGUAGCAAAGAAGGCUGCGGCAAAGAAGUCACCGAAGAAGCCUGCUACACCGAAGGCGAAGAAGAGCCCAAAGAAAGCCAAGAAGGCGGCAGCGGCUAAGAAGCCGACCAAGAGUCCGAAGAAAGCCAAGAAACCGGCAGCAGCAGCGAAGAAGGUGACCAAGAGCCCUAAGAAAACCAAGGCGGCCAAGCCAAAAGUUGCCAAACCCAAGAGCACCAAAGCCAAGAAAGUUGCUCCGAGGAAGAAGUGA